AUGUCGUCCGUCCACAUCCCCGGCCUGCUACGGCCCGUCAUCGCCCUCAAUGGCUGGACCUUCAUCGUCGAGAUCUGGAUGUACGCAACGCGCCUCCCAGUCUUCAGCCGUAUCAAAGAAGCAGCCGAUCCCUCCACUCUCCGCGGCGAGAUCGACAAACGAACUCCCGCCUCGGUGCGCUGGAAGGCCGACAACUACAACCACCUCCUCGAGCAGCCGACGCAGUUCUACGCCAUCGCGCUCGCACUGGCCAUCGCGCGGUACGGCGCAGACGACCCCCUCGACAUUAAACUUGCCUGGGGGUAUGUUGGAGUUCGAGUUUUGCAUAGUUUGAUCCAGUGCACGACGAAUACGAUUAUGCUGCGCUUUUCGGUGUUUUUGGUCUCGUCCGGUAUUUUGGCGACUAUGACGGGCAGGGCUGCCUUAUUGGCUUUCUAA